AUGACUGAUAUCGUAACAGAAUACGUUCAUCUUCCCUCUGAAUUUCUAAAUGGUUGUUCAAACGAAUUAAACAGAUUAAACGAAAAAUUAGAUCUUCUGAAUACUGAUAAAAUUGAAGUUGAAACAAAAGCAAAAUUAGAUGUAUGGAGGAGUGAAAUGGAAUUACCACUUACGAAAAAUAAUAUCGAGGCAGCAUCUAAUUCAUGGAAAAAUGAUAUGUUGCAAUUAAUAGCAAAACAGUAUAAGAAAAAAUUAUCUGAAAUUUAUGCUUUAAUAUCGGAUUUGUCAACUAAUUUAAAGGACUUUAAACAUAAUCGCUAUGAUCGCAUACAAGAAUUACGUCAACUAUUAAAAAGGUUUGAAGCCAAUGAGAAUAAAAUAAACGAACUGGAAAUUGAUUAUUUUAAAUAUAACUUAGAUAAAUUGACGACUGAAAUUUGUUCAUUGAACUAUGGAAUUACAUUUAAAUCGGUUCAUGUUCCAAACCAUCGUAGUAAAAAAACAAUAUUAGGCAAAAGUUCAUUUGAAUUUGUUAAACAAUUUGAGUAUUCAACCAAUCCUCACAAUAUUUCUCGAAUAGAACGACGCCCAUCAUUAAUUGAUCGUGCGAAACAAGUGUUUGACCGAGUGGCAAGUGCUGGUGCCAGUUACUACGUAGUUGACUUUAUUCAUAUACACUGA